GCGGCAGAUGGGCAGACAGCCAGACGUACAAAAACAAGGGCAACAGCAAAAGUGAGAUCAAGGCCUGGACCACCUGCUGCACGACGGGGGGGAGGUCAGCGGCGCGAGCGAGGAAGAGGCGGCGGAGCUGCGGAUGGCGUGCUACAUGGGCCUGGUGUCUUUCUUCGCCAGCAGGCACGAGGUGCUGAAGGUCACCGGGUGGAACAGGAAGGUCAACCUCAAUGCGGCCGCACGAGCGACCAUCCAGAGCGCCAGUGUGGAUUCGACGCCGCUUACUGACGCCGGCCUGGACGGGUCGGGAGAAGUCAUCCAGAUCAUUGAUGCCGGCGUGAACGAAACCACGUGCUUCCUGGAGCACGGCGACGGCACCGAGGUCGAGCACGGGUACUACUUCGACUUCGUCGCUUCAUCGAACCCUUCCUUCGAUAGCUCCUCGGAGUCACGGUCCAUGUUCAAAGCCGAGUUCACCGGCGGUGAUUUCUUCUACGACAGCGAUAGGCGCAAGGUGAUCCAGUACAUCGAUCUCAUCAACCCGGAUACGGGAGACGGCUCCAGCUCUGGCAUGCCGUUCGUGUCUGCUGACUCGUUCGUAAGCGACGACGACUUAGGCCAUGGUACGCAUACCGCCACCACCGUCGCCGGGUCGACGAUUUCCUCCCCCGCCGAGCUGGUGUCGUGCGCAGACAACGGCGAGGUCAUCGGCUGCGCCGGGGGCUGCAUCAUCGAGUCAAGCACCGGCUCGACCGAGGCGGACUACGGGGAGGACAUCAACCGCCUGUGUCCCGCGUUCGGCUGCUCCGGCGACCAGUGCCUCCCGGACGACACCGCCAACACCCUGUCGGAGCACGGCGGCAUGGCCCAGGGCGCCAAGAUCGCGGCGAUCGAUAUCUUCUACGGGGACUACAGCUACGGCGACCUUGCCGGGAACGGCCUGUGGGAGACCUGUGCGGACGCCGGCUGCAAGAUCCACUCCAACUCGUACGGCGUCGACCUGCGGUGCCAGCUGACCGCGCUGGACGUGCUGUACGAUGAGUACAUGUACGAGAACCAAGAACAUCUGCUGCUUUUCUCCGCCGGGAACACUGGAUGGACCACUGACCGCGAUACGUGCACGAUCGAUUCUCCGGGAAUCGCGAAGAACGUUCUCACGGUCGGCUCAACUUCGUCGGGGGUGACGCGACUGAGCACCACCGACCUGGACGGGAGGGGGUACGCGGACGGUGACGAGCUCAGCACCAUCGACGUCGUGUCCGAGUUCUCGGGCUACGGGUUCACCGAAGACGGACGAAUUAAGCCCGAGGUCGUGGCUCCCGGAGACAUGAUCUACUCUGCCAGCGGGAACGGUGGCAACUCGUCAUGCGAGCUAAUCGCGUAUGCCGGUACUUCAUUUUCGACGGCGGUGGCUUCGGGGGCGGCGGCAAUGGUCCGGCAGUACUUCAGGGACUCAAGCUUCUACGGUGCCGAUGUCGAGAGCAGGGGUUUCUGUGACCAGGGAUUCACGUGCGAUAGCUUCUCACCCAUGGCGACGACGGUGAAGGCGAUGCUGAUCAACAGCGCGAACGUCAUGGGAGGAGGCAACGAGCCCGACAGCGAGCGCGGCUUCGGGAGGAUCCACCUCGAGGCCGGGAUGCCUCUCGGCGGGGCCGGCGACAUGGUCCUCUUCGUCGCGGACUCCUCCGACCACGAGGUUUCCUCGAACGGCAAGCUCAAGUUCAACUUCAACGUCGAUCCCGACGCCGGGCUGGAGCUCAGGGCCACGCUCUCUUGGAGCGACCCCGCGGCGUCGUCCCUGUCCGGCGACCAGCUGGUCAACGACCUUGACCUUCGAGUGUACGCGCCCGACGGGACGAGAUACUGCAUGUGGGACGAUAACUGCUGGGACACGAGUAACGUCAACGAGCGCGUCAUCGUCCCCGCGGAAGUGGUGGCCCAAUUCUCCGCCACGGACGAGUGGGAGGUGAGGGUGCGCGGGCGAGACUUCACCGUGGGAGACACGGUCAGCUUCUCGCUGGUCGUGACGGGAGCCAUCAGCCCGCCUAUCGAAGGAAGCUCCGCGGUGGUGGCGGCAGCGGUGGGGGAUGAUUCGAGCGCUGCCGACGACGACGCGGGGGAGGAGGGGGCGGCGGCGACCAUGUACGGCCGCGGCGCCGGCGCCGGCAGCGGCUUCGUGCUCGCUGGUGUAGCGAUGCUUGCCGCCGCCUUGGCCGCUGCGGUCUAAGGGUGUUUCGGCGCUGUUGUAACAUUUGGGGGUUUGUAGGCCCUGGCUGGAUGGGGCCACAGGCAUGGAUAGGGGGGUUCGCCGUUCCAACCCCGCAUGUUUCCUGAUGAGGAAAGGAGAUCACCGGGCUGGCUGGGC